AUGUUGACGUGCUGUGCACUCCUGCAGUUCUACCAGACACUUCCUGCAGAGAAGGUCACAGACAAGUUUCUCUGGGGCCGUUUGGAGCCUUUGCUUUCAUAUCUUGGCGACGAGGAGAAAAAGAAAGUGCUUGAGGCUUUACACCUGGCGUACGACUCACACAAUGGACAGCUGCGGAAGAGUGGCGAAGCCUUUAUAACGCAUCCUGUUGAGGUGACGCGCAUCCUGGCAGAGCUGAAGAUGGACCAUGAAAGCCUGAUUGCGGGCCUGCUUCACGACACUGUCGAGGACACAGAGAAUGUGAAGUUUGAGGAAAUUGAGUUCUACUUCGGCAAGGCGGUGCGGCAGAUUGUGGAGGGUGAGACGCGCUUCAGCAAGAUCGGAUCGUUUGGUGAGAAUGCGUCUCGUGCUGAGCUGGCAGCACUUGACCUGAAGCAGCUGUUUCUGGCCAUGACGGAGGAGGUUCGCAUCAUCAUUGUGAAGCUUGCAGACCGGCUGCACAACAUGCGCACCCUGGACAGCAUGCCGCCCCACAAGCAGAAGAAGAUCGCUGACGAGACCCUGCUGGUGUUUGCUCCGCUGGCUCGGCUGCUGGGGCUUUACAGCAUCAAGGAGGAGCUGGAGGCGCUGUCUUUCAGUUACAGCAACCCAGAGGAGCAUGCUCUGGUGCAGCGGCGGCUGGACUGCCUGGCCAAGGAGCAGGAGGAUGUGGUGCUCAAGGCUCAGAGCGCUCUACAAGAAAAGUUGGAGACAGACACGUUUCUCCAGGAGCGAGUGGAGAGCUUUUCUGUUGGGACGCAUCAGAAGAACGUGUACUCUGUGUACAGGAAGCUGAAGGAGAGGGGGAUGGACCUUGAGGACUUGCAGGACGUGGCACAGCUUCGGGUGAUUGUGAAAUUGAAGGAUGCCCAUGACAGCAGCUUGUAUGGCACGGGCUCACAGCUGUGCUACCACAUCAUGGGCCUGGUGCACACCAUGUGGGCUCCCAUCCCUGGAGCUGUCAAGGACUACAUCGCUACACCCAAAACUAAUGGCUACCAGUCCCUUCACACCACAGUGCUGCCUCUUGGGGCCGAGAAGCUUUUUCCCUUGGAGGUUCAGAUCCGGACAGCAGAGAUGCACCGUCUUGCAGAGUACGGGAUUGCUGGUUCCUUGUACUGGCCUGGAAAUGUUUCUCUGGCAGUUACAGCAAUGCACCACAUCGUAGGUGAAAACUGGACGGCUGCCAAGAAGGCUUCAGAUUUUAAAUCCUCCCGGCUGCCAUCCCUCUCAGACUUGAACAAUUCGGUGAUGGCGCGGCGGAUCAACUGGCUCAACUCCAUCCGCGAGUGGCAGAGCGAAUUUGUCAACAGUCUGUCCGCCCGUGAGUUUGUGGACUGCAUCACUGACGACCUGCUGGGACGUGGCGUGUUUGUCUUCACUCCCUCCGGCGAGGUCAUGCGCCUGCCCAAGGGCGCUACGGUCGUGGACUUUGCAUACCACGUGCACACGGAUGUGGGCAAUCAGAUGUUUGGGGCCAAGGUGAAUGGCAAGGUGGUGCACGCCGGCCACGCGCUGGCAAACGCUGAGGUGGUGGAAGUGCUCACCUACGAUGGCAGACCCUCCAGGGGCAGCAUCGAGCGCCACCAGGAGUGGAUUGCGUACGCACAGACCAGGACUGCCAGGCACAAGCUGGCCAAAUUUCUGAAGGACCACGCGGAUCUGGUGGACUCAAGCCCACCCCCUGACGUGGCGUUCAGGGAAGCUUCAGGGACGAUGCAGCAGGAAGCCACUUCUUCCAGCAGGCAAGCUGCCACCGGGAGGGAGGGCGGAGCCCAGGUGUUGAACCUCACCAUUGAGUGCUCUGACCGCCCGGGGCUACUGGCCGAGAUUGCGCAGAUCAUUGCAGACUACGGCCACAACAUCAAGACCUACAGCGGCAAGGGGACUUAUGCGGGGCACUUUGUCAUGAAGUAUCAGCUGGAGGGCGACCCUGACCGGGCUGCAGAGCUCUGCAACGCCGUUGGCUGCGUGCCUUCUGUGCUGUCCUGGUCACUGGGAUGCGCUCUGCAUGAGUCUGACAACACUGCUGAGGGUUGAAUGUGUCCCAAUUCAAUUACAUUGAGCAUGGGCAUGGAGUUUGUUGGAUGUGAUGCCU